AUGCAAGUCUUCUCUGUUGCCCUGCCGCUGGCCGCUCUUGUCAGCGGCAUCUAUGCUGCUCCCGGCUGGGACGCCGCGCCAGCUGAUGAUGCCUGUUUGGCCGCCGUCACCGGCAAGGCUGCUCUCGGAGACUCCGGCCUCCGUGCAUUCCACUGCAAGAGCUUCCUCGCCACCACUGUUACUCCCGCCCCCGUCGUCGAGACCGUCACCAUCACCGCUGAUGGAGGCAACGGAUGGAAGCAGAAGCGUGAGACCGUAGCAGUCUGCCCCAACGAGGUUCCCAACUAUGCCAGCGCUUGCGACGAGGCUCACUACACCAGCGCUUGCUCCGUCUUCGGCUUCACCAACAUCAUUACUACCACCGUUAAGCCCACCACCACCACCAAGACCGUGUUCGUCAAGCCCACCGGCGGAGUGUGCGUCUCUGGCACCACCUGCCCUGCUGCUAGCACCAUCACCAAGACUGUUUCCGGAUCAAGCUGGGGCGGGAAGGAGACCGUUACGGUUACCGUUCCCGCUGGCAAGUGUGUUGUCGAUGAUGCCAAGGCAUCUGCUCUUGUCAGCGGCUUCAUCACCCUUUUGGAGUUCACCAACUACGUCCCCGCAGCCAACUCUACCUUCCCUCCUGCCGGCCGAGGCUACAAGCAGGAUGUCUCUGACGCCACGCUCGAUGUCGACUUCGUUGAUAUCUCUGACUCCAUCAACUUCAUGGCUGGCAUUCCUCUUGGCUCCACCACCUUCCCCAGCAAGGCUGCUUUCGAUUCUCCCUUUGGCCAGGCUGGUCAACCUGAGGUCACUGUCCAGACCUUGAACCUGUGGCACGAUUGUGACACCAUCACCUGGAGAUGGGCCAUUACCUCCACUCGAUUCCCCGUUGUUGGUAUCAACAGAUUCACCGUCAGCCCAGACUCCGGCAAGUUCAUCCGCAACUAUGCCGAGUUCGACAGCGGUGCUUGGCUUCAAUCUUUCGGCCAGACUUGUGCCAUCAACCCGCCUUCCGUC